GGAGCGUCGUUUCAAUGCCGUCGGGCGUCGGGCGUGUGUAUUGUAUGCGCGCUCGUGAACGCGGGUGGUCGUGAUUGCGGCCGCUCUGCGCGUGGUGAUCCUUCGGGAGCGGGACGUAGAAUGUGACGGCGGGUGUGGGUGCGUGGAUAUCGCGCGCGGAAUCUCGAAUUCUACAAGGUUUGGCGAGGAGUUUGGUAAUCGCGGGCGUCGCAUCGCGUGGCGUAACAUCGCGGAGAGAGGGAGAGUGGGCGGAUCGUCAUCGCAUCUCGUCCGCGGGUCGAUGGUCGUCGAGGAUCGCACGUUCCGGUUUGACGUCUACGGAAUCCAGGAGGGAUGCUGAGGUUCCUGUCGCGACGGCGGGCGCGCGGCGUCGGCGGCCAGACGAUCACCUCGUCGCAGAUCAAGAAUCAGAGGCUGCCCAGCAACAAGAAUGUCGUGCAGUGCAGGGUGGUACUGCUGGACGGCACGGAUCUUCCCAUAGAGCUGUCGAAAAAAGCAUUGGCUAGUGACUUAUAUGAGCAAGUAUUUUAUAGCCUUGACUUGAUCGAGAAGGAUUACUUUGGACUUCAGUACACAGACAGCAAUAAUGUCCAACACUGGCUAGAUCCAACAAAACCCAUCAAGAAACAAGUUAAAAUUGGACCUCCAUACACACUGAGAUUAAAAGUGAAGUUCUAUUCCUCCGAACCGAAUACGCUGCGUGAAGAGUUGACACGGUAUCAAUUCUUCUUGCAAUUGAAGCAAGAUGUUCUGGAAGGCAAACUUCACUGUCCUCACCAGGUCGCAGUUCAGUUAGCUGCUUUGGCUCUGCAAUCUGAGCUGGGCGAUUAUGAUUCUACUAUGCACAGCGCUGCGACAGUGUCGGAAUUCCGCUUUGUACCAGGUCAAACGGAGCAAAUGGAAUUAGAGAUAUUGGAAGAGUACACCAAGUGUUCCGGUCUUAGUCCUGCUCAGGCGGAAUCUGCGUAUCUGAGCAAGGCCAAAUGGCUAGAUAUGUAUGGUGUCGACAUGCAUAUUGUCCUUGGCAAAGAUGCCUGCGAGUACUCUCUGGGCUUGACUCCAACUGGUAUUCUGGUAUUUGAAGGCACGCAGAAGAUAGGUCUUUUUUUCUGGCCAAAGAUCGGUCGUUUGGAUUUCAAGAAGAAGAAGUUAACGUUGGUGGUGGUAGAAGAGGAUGACGAAGGUAGAGGUGAACAAGAACAUACCUUCGUGUUCAGGCUCGUGAAUGAAAAAGCUUGCAAGCAUUUGUGGAAGUGUGCGGUGGAGCAUCACGCCUUCUUCCGUCUGCGUGCACCAGUCAAGGGUGCCAGUGGCCGCCAGAAUUUCUUCCGUAUGGGUUCGCGUUUCCGUUAUAGCGGCAAAACGGAAUUUCAAACGACCCAGUUGAAUCGGGCCCGUCGCACCGUGCAAUUUGAGCGACGACCGAGUCAGAGAUAUGCGCGGCGGCAGAGUCACGUUCUUCGCGAAAGGCAGCGUCAACAGCAACAAGUGGAGCAGCCGCAGCCAUCUCCGCCUUCAGCCGAUGGAGAACCUUUGCAACGUCAGCCAAGUCGAUCCAGUACAAAGUCGUCGGAUUCCUCGAGCGUUCAGGGCACGUCGUCGCCUUUGGUGGAUUCCCUAUUGAAGUCUCUCGCCAAAGAUCAACAACCAUUGGAAGCCAGGAAUCAGACAACGGUCGGCGGUAGUGAGAAAGAAUCAGAGCCUAUGAAGACCAGUCUGACAGUUGAAACUAUCGCCAAUCAAGUGCAGUUAGUGCCUAAUAAUCAAGUGGGUGGAACAUCGUCGUUACCCCCUCGAACGCCAAUUCCGCCCGAAUCCCUAAAGUGCAACAUAUUGAAAGCGACUCUCGAGCAAGGAAAAAACUCGAAUUUAGUUUCCAUAACAUCUACCGACAGCUCUGGAGUAACCGCGAAAAAGAAUCAACAUUCGGAUGCAGCGACUAUCGUUUCCGUGGGUGGUGACAAACUGACUCUUUCUGUGAGUGGAGCGACAACAGCGGUGAAUCCUUCUAUGGACGACGCUGUUACUGUAACACAUUUUUCAUUGGACAGUUGGGGACAAAUCGAACAAAAGACCACGCCGUUAAGCCCGAAAAUAUCGAAUCAAUCACAAAAUCCUUUUAAUCCGUUCACUAACGAUACCAACAACGAUGCGCCUAACACACCCGAAGCUCCUGAGGAGGAAGGGAAGCUAGAAGACGACAAGAAGAAGAAUACCAAUCCAUUCAUAGACUCGAAUCCAUUCCUGGGCAUACUCAAUCCCUUCAAAGAUUUGCAACCGGUUACAACAGAAAAAAAAGGCGAGACGGAUACAGAAAAAACCGGAGCGCGGGUCGUUAAAACCGAAGAGAUACAAACGACCACCACAACACUUACACACAAGGAUGAGAGUCAAGCGGCGUCGGAUAUUAGUCCCUGGCUGGUAGCAGAUCCAUCGCAAAGCCCAGCACCUGAGCAAACACCAACUAAGCAUACAGUAAUUACGAGAAAGACGGUAAUUACCACACAAUUAUAAAAUAUUUAUUCAAUAUUACAAAGGAGAAAUAACUUCGAUGUACAAUUCGCAAGAAAAUAACCAACGUAUACAUAUAUAUAUACAUAUAUAUAUGUAUAUAUACUUUGGUCUGCCUGUCAUCUUUCUUUUUUUACUUGAUUUAAGUGCGUGAUGUUAGUCAUGACAAUUGCGACAAUUGUGACAAUUAAAAUCGGACACGUAAAAAACUAUAUGUUAAAAAAUAAUUUUUAUGAAAGAGUCCUAAGAGUACUUAAAUAUAAAAGCAGAGUACUAUUUGGGGGGAAGGUAUUGUUAAAAAGUCACUGCUAUGUCAUUUUUACGUCAGUUAGUAAAAAUCGUUUUAUAUUGACUACGAAUUCGCGUGAGGUAAACUUUUUGUUCAUCAUUUUGCAAACAUUCCUUAAUUAUACGAUGCAUUUAUCUUAAGCUUAUGUGUUGAUAAAACAAGUGUCCUUAUAUACCUUCCAACAUGUAUUUUAAAGUAUUGUUUGCGAGGUCUAUUCUCGUUAAACACACUUUAUAUUUGUUUUUUGCAAUUUUAUAUUUUCUUUUUACCUAUGCAAAGGACAAAUAUACUUCAUUUUGUUUUAAUUACACGUUAAAGUAAUAAUGCAGCUAAAACAGACCUACGUAUUUCGCGAGGCGAUGUGUAUUGCUCGUUUAUGUUAAGCUUAUUGCAUUUAUAAUGUAGCACUUUUGUAUUAGCAACCAUUGUGCCUUCGAAUUUAACGUGUGAUGAACGAAUAUGCAAUUAUGCGAAUAUUACAGAUGAAAAAAUCAUAUUCGCUGUGACUGACUAAAAAUAGUAUUAUAUUCACGUUAUAUACAAUAUUAUUAUAUAAAUUACAUAAAUAAUCGCUAUGUAAAUAAAUCUGAUCAAACCUUUUGAGAACAUUUUUGUCGAUGAGAUUUACUGAUUAAUCGGAUUAACUUAAUGACGUUGAUUCUAUCUACUCUGUCUGAGAUUUAUGAAAAAUAUGUUUAUGUAUUAUAAUAAUGACAAUAAUGGAUAAAUAAAUAAGGAAUUAAUACGCGAAUCAUCGCCAGUCUUAGGUAAAGCACAAUUCGUGCCUCAAUAGCAGUUAUAAUGAUAUUCGUGUUUACUAUUCCAUUGCCUAUAAAACUAUGAAAUUGAAUUUUUAUGUAUAUAUUUAUAACAGAGUAUACGUAUUAUAUAUACA